GUGCCCGACCUGCCCCGCUCCGGGGUCUUCCCGACCCGCGGGGCCGCCCGGGCGGUUCUGGAGGCGUGCAAACCCCUCAUUCCUGAAGCCCAGGCGGUGCUGGACCUGGUCGACCAGCUACCGAAACAGGUCCAGAAAGGAAAGUUCCCGGUCAUUGUCAUCGAAGGACUGGAUGCCACAGGCAAAACCACUGUGACCCGGUCAGUUUCGGAGACACUGGGGGCUGUCCUCCUGAAGUCACCGCCCGCCUGCAUCAGCCAGUGGAGGCAGAGCUUCGAUGACGAGCCAACUAUCAUCAGGAGAGCUUUCUACUCCUUGGGCAACUACAUUGUGGCCUCCGAAAUAGCCAAAGAAUCUGUCACCUCUCCCGUGGUCAUAGACAGGUACUGGCACAGCACGGCUGCCUACACCAUAGCCACCGAGGUGACCGGGGGGCUCCAGUACCUGCCCCCGGCCCGUCACCCCAUAUACCAGUGGCCCCGGGACCUGCUCAAGCCCGACCUGGUCCUGCUGCUCACCGUGAGUCCCGAGGAGAGGCUGCGGAGGAUGGAGGGCCGGGGCAUAGAGAGGACCAGAGAGGAGGCCGAACUGGAGGCCGACAGCAUAUUUCGUCAAAAGGUAGAGGUGACCUAUCAGCGGAUGGAGGACCCUGCCUGCCACGUCGUUGACGCCAGCCCCUCGAGAGAACAAGUCCUCCAGACGGUGUUAAGCAUAAUCCAAAAUAAUUGUAAUUAAUCGUAAUGACUCCAAAAGGUAAUUAGACAUGUUGCUGGACUCGAUGUCACUUGCUGCAUCUAGGCCCGCGACGGGGUGCACAGUGUUCCCAGCUGUCUGUUGCAGAACCACAGUGUGCACUAGAAGGCUGGAGACCGGGUCAUUUCGAUUCUACCUAAACCGUGAUACUUCUUCUGACCGAAGGACCCGAGGUUGAGACCGUCCCGUUCCAGCCAGAGAGCCGGGAUGGCUCUCUUCAAGGGCACCAGAGGUGUCCUGGAAUGCACUUUUAACUGCACCCCCACCAGAUCCCUCCAGCUCUGUCUCCUCCCGAAAGCGUGAGGCCUGCAGAAGAGACCGGGAGGGUCUUCCAAAUCGGCGGAGCCCUCCCGCCCCUCCCCUGCCUCCUCCUGGGUCGCUGAUGAGACCCUGAUGCUGCACGGUUACCUCCUUCCCAAUAUGGCCACUGGGUCAUGGAGGGCGCAACCCGGAUCCUGCGGCUAAAUGCUCCGGAAGAAAGGGUCCCUGCGUCCUGGCCGUCUGAGGACAAGUCCCACAGAGCCGUCUUGUGGGCAGGGGACACGUGGACAUCUGAUUUGUGUCUUACAGUCCCGGAGACGGUCGCCUUGUGGUCAGCGCUUCAGAGUCAGACCCACAGACGGGCAGCGAAAGAUGUUCUCAAUACAAACGUACCAACCCACUUUGGAUCAUGUUCUGUUUGUUUACACUCCUUCCUUCCCUCUGAAAACACGGCUUUGGAUGUAACGAGUGUUUUGGACUGAACUAGAUGCAUUAAAACUUAGCCAACACAGCAAUAUAUUUAUAUUGAUAUUUACAUCUUGUUUCUCCACGGCGGAGGGGCUCUGCUUUACUAAUUAAAAUCAAAGCCAAGAAGCUAAAGGCAUUGCUCGUUGCGUAUUUUCAUUACACAGAUUUAGUUUAUCUCACUAAAUAAGCACAGUGGAUCCUGGAAGGGGGUUUCUUAGUAAAUUAUCUUGCACUUGAAUGUCUUAGGAUGACAAACAAAAUCAGCUUUGAGAUCUGUUUGCCUAGGGAAAAAAAUAGCUGAGGAAACAGGAAAUUUAAUACCUCGGGUGAGUCACGGACCAUCAAUAGUCCAUGUAACUUGAUCUGAAAAGUGAUAAUAAUUCUUUAUUUGUGGUAAGGAGUUUGCUGAGCCAGGUUACUAGCCAACAUUCCUUCUGGUUCUAAGCUAGAUGAAGCUUGCAAAUUAUUUUGGAGAAAAUGUCUUCUUGAGAACAUAUUUAAGAAGACACUUAAGGCCUUAUCAGGUUUAUCAGAUGGAGAAUCAAUUUAUAAUGAAGUUUAGGAUUAAUCACUAUGUCAUACUGUUUGUCAAAAGAAUUCAGGGUUAUUUUUACAUAAUAUAUUUGCAUAUAGAGAUAUAUAGUUGGUUUCUGUAGAAAAUAUUUUUUAAAGCUAAUAAAUAGCAUUAGGUUUCUGUAAGAUGUGAUACCUAUGUCCUUGGCAUUAUUUAGUUUAAACGUUUUGACAAGGUUACGUUGGCAGUCUAGAAAAACAAAUGUUUAAUGCCUGCCGUCUGUACCUCGCACGUGAAUAAAGUCGGGGGGUUUCCUCACUGAUGGAGUCA